AUAAGGCAAAUACUGGUUGCUUAGAGGACCCAACACAAGUGGUUUUUUGCCUUCAUCGUCUUCCUCUUGAAGCUAUUGAAGUUGUUUGUUAUGUGUUUGCCCGAGGGAGAAAGAGAGAGAGAGAGAGCCAUGGCACUAGAAGCAGUGGUAUUUUCACAGUCACAAGACCCCUUUGGUGGUUACGGAUCAUCAGUGAAGGACUUUUACAACUGCACCUUGUUGGCUUCACCCAACUGGGGGGACUAUGAACCACACAUCAACACAGAAGAAGAAGAAGAACAAGGUUCUAUUAUCUCUACUUUUCUCGAUAAUAGUAAUAAUAACAAUAAUAAUAAUAAUAAUAACAACCCUUAUGGAGAUUGGACCACUAGCUCCUCCUCAUCAAUGCUACCCCACUUGAAUGAUCCUCAAGAAACCACUGACCCCAACAACAGCCAUAACUUAGAUACCUUAACUACAACUAUUACUCGCCCCAAGAGGCGCAGAGCCAAAAGCAGAAAGAACAAGGAGGAAAUUGAGAACCAAAGAAUGACUCACAUUGCUGUGGAGCGCAAUAGAAGAAAGCAGAUGAACGAGUAUCUUUCUGUUCUUCGAUCUCUAAUGCCAGACUCUUAUAUCCAAAGGGGUGAUCAAGCUUCUAUAAUUGGAGGUGCUAUUAACUUUGUCAAGGAGCUUGAGCAGAGGCUGCAUUUUCUUGGUGCUAAGAAAGAAGGAGAGGGGAAAUCUGAUGGUGGUGGUGCAAAUGGAAACAUGCCCUUUUCCGAGUUCUUCACCUUUCCACAGUAUUCAACAAGUGGCGGUGGCACCGAUAAUUCUGCAGCCAAAGGUGAGGACGUGGGUGAGGUUCAGUCUGGCAUUGCUGACAUAGAAGUUACCAUGGUGGAAAGCCAUGCAAAUCUCAAAAUAAGGUCCAAAAAACGCCCAAAGCAGCUCUUGAAGUUGGUAUCUGGUUUGCAUACCAUGCGCCUCACAAUCUUGCACCUAAAUGUUACCACAACUGGUGAAGUUGUUCUCUACUCUCUUAGUGUUAAGGUAGAAGAUGAUUGCAAGUUGGGAUCAGUUGAUGAUAUAGCUGCAGCUGUGUACCAGAUGCUGGAUAGGAUUCAACAAGAGGCAAUGCUGAAUUAAGAUUUAAGAUCAGAAGCUUGACCAAAUUUGCUUUGCCCCAUUUGAUUUUUAACCUUACUUCAUGGUGGAUAAUUAUCUCUCACUAUUUUGCUCUUUCAAGAUGUGCCUAAUUAUUGCAACUCCUAUUCACACUUUGUUAAUCUACUGAUGGUGCCUUGAUGUGGGCUCCUUGGAGGAA